AUGUGGCAUGCGGUGUUCUACUCGUUGGGCCAUCAGCUCUUCACUAAUGAAUUAAUAUCGUUCUUUAAAAAGUUACUCCACGAUGUAUACGAGAGCAGGCAAUACAAGCCGUCAAAUAGAAACGACUUUGUUGAUCUUGUAUUAAAUUUGAAACAAAAUCAGUUUGUGACUGGUUUACAUUACUGGUUUGGCAUUACCAAUCUAAAAACUAGAGAGGGAAAGAAAGUACAUCUAGAAGUAAACGAUGAUAUGUUAAGCGGGCAGUGUGUUAUGUUCUUUGCAGCUGGUUAUGACACAUCAGCAACAACACUUAGCUUCACGCUUUAUGAGCUGACAACGAACCAGGAGGUACAGUUGAAAGCCAUAGCGGAAGUCGACGAGUAUCUCCACUGCCAUGGAGGAAAAAUUUAG